GUUAACAGCAGCACUAUUCCAAAGGCCAAACUAGGGAUGAUGCUAUUAAGCAGUGAAGCCAUGAAGUGGUAGAACCUGCAAGGGCUGAACUUCUAGAAUUUGCUCCAACACACAAUGCCAUUGAUUUUUCACUCUCUACCCUUUCACUCCAUUUGAUUUUGGGAGGCAGCAAAUUUGAAAUAUAGUCUGAUAGUUUUAUUUUAUUUUUUCCUUGAACAGAUUUGCCCUUAUUAUAUGCCCUUAUUAUGAGAGCAAGCUUCCACUCAAAUCCAAUUUUGCUGCAAUUAAAACUAUACCCGAAAUCAAAAUCACAAUUCCUCCACAAGCCAUACCACCAGACCUCAGUGCCUGUCUCUCCCGCCCACCUCAACAACCUCCUCACCACCGCCUCCCAUACCCAAAACUUGAAGCAUGCCACCCAAAUCCACGCCCAACUCAUCACCAGCGGCCGCGCUUCCCUCCCUUUCCUCCUCAACAACCUCAUCAACUUGUACGCCAAAUGCGGCCGUCUCACCCAUGGCCUCCUCCUGUUCUCCACUGCCGACGACGAUUCCAAGACCGUCGUCACUUGGACCUCCAUCAUCACCCGCUUGUCCCAUCAUCACAGGCCCAUUGAAGCCUUAACCUUCUUUAACAACAUGAGGCGCAUUGGUCUCUACCCCAACCAAUUCACCUUCUCCGCCGUUUUAACCUCCUGUGCAGCCACAGGAACAGCGGUCCACAGCGGACAAAUGCAUUCUUUGAUUUCCAAACAUGGGUUUGACGCGGAUUUGUUUGUGGGUUGUGCUCUGAUGGCUGCCUAUUUCAGGUGUUGUGAAGUGAGUUAUGCACGGAAGAUGUUCAAUGAAAUGCCGGAGAGAAACCUCGUGUCGUGGAAUUGUAUGAUUGUGGGGUACUUGCAGAACGGGGUCUAUGAUCGAGCAAUUGGGGUUUUUAAGGAGGUUUUUGCCGAAGAAUGUGCAAAUCUUGAUGAAGUGAGCUUUUCGAGUGUGUUGAGUGCGUGUGCUAGCAUGGGGGAAUUGGAUUUUGGGAAACAAGUUCACGGGGUCAUUAUAAAGCAUGGUUUGAUGCAUUUGGGUUAUGUUAAGAAUUCCCUUUUAGACAUGUAUGGUAAAUGCGGGUUGUUUGAAGAUGCUGUUAAGUUGUUUCAUAUCAAGGGAGAAAGGGAUGUUGUUACGUGGAAUAUUAUGAUAAUGGGGUGUAUACAAAAUGAUAAGUUCGAAGGAGCUUGUGAAUUGUUCUGGGUUAUAAGGAAUGAAGGGAUAGCCCCGGAUGAGGCAUCAUUUUCUACGGUCCUUCAUGCUUGUGCUAGUCUUGCUGCGUUGAAUCGGGGUGUUUUGAUCCAUGAUCAGGUAAUUAAAACAGGGUUUUUAAGGAAUACAAGCGUUGCCAGCUCAUUAAUUACAAUGUAUGCGAAAUGCGGGAGCUUGGUUGAUGCUUCUCUGGUGUUUGAAGAGAUUGAGUAUCGAAAUGUGGUUUGUUGGACAUCCAUCAUCACAGCUUGCCAACAGCAUGGCUGUGCGAAUCAAGUGAUUGAGUUGUUUGAGGAUAUGCUAGUGGAGGGGAUCAGUCCUGAUUACAUCACUUUUGUUUCUGUCCUAUCGGCUUGUGGCCACACUGGGCGUGUUGAACAAGGUUUUGCUUACUUCAAUUCUAUGACGAACGUUCAUGGUAUGAACCCUGGGCCUGAACACUAUGCUUGCAUGGUUGACUUACUGGCUCGAGCUGGUCGGCUGGAUGAGGCUAAGAGGUUUGUUGAAUCAAUGCCCAUUGGACCUGAUGUCUCCAUUUGGGGAGCUUUACUUGGGGCUUGCAGGAAUUAUGGGGAUCUUGAAAUGGGUAGAGAAGUUGCAGAAAAGCUUUUUGAGAUGGAACCGGAUAAUCCUGGAAAUUAUGUGCUGCUUUCUAACAUGUAUAUGCGUGAUGGAAUGCUAAAAGAAGCAAAUGAAGUGAGGCGGUUGAUGGGCAUCAAUGGCGUGAGGAAGGAGCCUGGGUGCAGCUGGAUAGAUGUUAAGAACACGACCUUUGUGUUUACAUCACAUGAUAGGUCGCAUUCUAAAGCUGAAGAGAUUUAUGCGAUGUUGGGGAAGUUGAAGGAGUUGGUGAAGAAGAAAGGGUAUGUGGCUGAAACCCAAUUUGCGGUAAACAGUGUGGGAGAGUACAAAGAGCGGAGCUUGUGGUAUCACAGUGAGAAGCUAGCCCUUGCAUUUGGGCUGCUGACCCUCCCUGUAGGAAUGCCCAUUAGAAUAAAGAAGAAUCUGAGGACUUGUGGUGAUUGUCAUGUCAUUAUGAAGUUUGCUUCAGAAAUUUUUUGUAGGGAGAUUAUUGUAAGGGAUAUCAAUCGGUUUCAUCGGUUUACCAAUGGCUUAUGUUCAUGCAGAGAUUACUGGUGAUAGGAUUUUUUACAUAUUGUGUAUCAUUUGAUAAUUUCUUUGGAUAUUCUUCUGACACAUGAUCCUUUCUGUAACAUAACACUAGUGUUUAAAAUUUAAAUUCUUAUGAAGGAGCUUCAUUUUGGCUCAUUUAAAAAGAAAAUAAGCUAGUCCAUGCCUCCUUGUAAUCCUUUGCUCAGUUCAUGUUUAAAAAUUAGUAAUUACUGUAUAUUGCAUACUCAUAGUAAGCUUCCUUUUCAUCA